AAUAUUUUUAUGAUUGCCAUAAAAUUAAAGCAAUAACAAUAAAAUUAAUAGAACGCUCUAAAUAAUCAAGAUAUAAGUAUUUACUUCUAUAAAUUAUUAUUAGCAUAAACAGGUGCUUGGAAAAGAGCUUUGAGUGAUCAAUAAGAAUUCAACGAUGCUUUUCCUAGUGAUUUGAAAAACCUUAAAAUUACUUAUCCAGACAUUAAAAAUAUACUCUAUUUUGAAGUUGAAGUUAAACCAGAACAAAGCUAUUGGGCUUCAGGAACGAUUGCCUUUACAGUCAACAUUUCUUUGGAAUAUCCUAUGGUCCCCCCUAAGGUUUUAUGUAAGAAGGUAUAUAUUUAAAUAAUUUCCUAUAGAAAAUAUUCCAUCCUAACAUUGAUCUAGAAGGCAAAGUCUGUUUAAAUAUCUUGAGAGAAGAUUGGAGACCUGUCAGCAGUUUAAAAGAUGUCAUUUUUGGAUUAAUGGGAUUAUUUACAUAAUUAACAAACCCCACUGACCCUCUCAACAAAGAAGCUGCUGAAUUGAUGUUAAAAGAUAAAGCAUAAUUUGCAUAAGUUGUUAAGUCUACUAUGAAGGGAGGAUCAUAUAAUAAUGUGUUAUUUGAUAAAAUCGCAUGAUUUAAAUAAUAUAUAAAGCACAUC